GGGAGGGUGUGGUUCACAAAAAUAAUCCCCCAGCUCUUUCUUCAGUUCACUCUGUCCUUCACUUCUUCCCACGGUGUUAACAAGUGAUUUGACACAGAGCUGGGGUUUUUUUGGAAUUAAAACUAAAAAGUUUGUGUUGUAUUUAAGAAAUAUAUAUACCCUUCACUAGACACUAGACAUCAUGGGAGGACUGCAGUGCAUCAAGUACCUGAUGUUUAUCUUCAACUUUCUCUUCUGGCUGGCAGGCACUGGGGUGCUGGCUGUGGGACUGUGGCUGCGUUUUGACUCCAGGACAGCGGGACUGUUUGAAGGAGAGGACUCGCCUUCAGUCUUCUUCACUGGUGUAUACAUCCUGAUUGCAGCAGGGGCUCUGAUGAUGGUUGUGGGCUUCCUGGGAUGCUGUGGAGCCAUCAAGGAGUCGCCAUGCAUGCUGGGAUUGUUUUUCUUCUGCUUGCUCGUCAUCUUUGCUGUAGAAGUGGCUGCAGGGAUCUGGGGCCUCUCCAACAAGGACAGGGUGGUGGAGGACGUCACAGAGUUUUACAAGCAGACGUACAACAACUACAGAGACACCAGACAGGAGGCACUGAAGGAGACUCUCCGCCUCAUCCAUUUUGGGCUGAGCUGCUGCGGUCCCACAGGAACGGUGAUUGACGCCGCCAAAGAUACCUGCCCCAAGAAGGAGGGGCUGGAGGCUUUCAUCACCACGAGCUGUCCUGCUGCCAUCGACGAGAUGUUCAACAACAAACUUCACAUCAUCGGCGGGGUGGGCAUUGGCAUCGGAGUCAUCAUGAUCUUUGGGAUGAUCUUCAGCAUGCUGCUCUGCUGUGCCAUCAAAAGGUCCAGGGACUUUGUCUAAACACCACACAAACAGAAAAGCCUCCACCCUUAUGUCUAUACCCUCUAGAUCCCUGCUUUAGAUUUCCCUGCCAAGUUUAUAAUAUCACGUUAGUAAUCCAUCAUCUUUGUUGUAGCAUUGUUGUCUUUAUUGUUUUAGUGCUAUGCUGCAACUCCAGUUGCCCGUUUGGGAGAAAUAAACUCAAUCUUGAUCAUGUAAUAAUAAUCUGUUAGUUUACUCCUUGGUUCCAUACUGGAUGAACAAAGUCACCUGUGAGAGCAUGGAGCCUGUGUGACGCUUCUUCUCCCAUCGUCCCAUAGCGUGGCCUGUCUUCCCACAACUAUCCAACAGGGAAUCAUUUUGGAUCCUAAGAAAACUAGGAACAAAUCCAAGCCCCACUUAGAAACUUGUAAAACGAUUACCUUUUCAUUAAACGUGAAUGUACUGGCUUGGUCUGCAACAAGCGUAUGAAACACUUCUAAGUCUGAUCCCCAAAUUUGGAAAUCAUAUUCUUGGGACCCAAAGAAACCAUCCCAGAGCUCUAGUCAUAUCACAGCCUGUCAGAAACUGUGGCAGCCUGUGUUUGGGUGAUAUCUGACUUCUUGUACCUGUUGUCAUGAGUGAGUAACAUCAAGGCAGAAGGCAGCUUCAGUGGUAGUGGCACUGUGGCAUUUACAAUACAUAGCAGUCUUGAGUUUGCUGCCCUCUAGAGGGCCUUGAUAGAAGUGUAUAAUGUUCUGAAGGUAUCUUUGGAUGACUGAAAAUACUCUAAAUGUCUUGAACCUUGUUUUCCUUGUUGGCUCCUCUGAUGGAUAAGUUUAGUUUAGGCAACAAUGCCUUCAAGUCUGCCUGUGAUGAAUUUUGAUCUAACAGGCUUUUUGAAGCUAACAACAUUUAGUUUGUUUUAUUUUGCUCUUUCCUGAAGCUACCUGUUUUAAUGUUACCUUUUGAAGAGAUGCUUGAUUUUUAUAAAUACAGAACCAUUGACUUUUAUGCAAAUAUUUUGAUGAAUACAGUUCAUGUAUAUCUUUGAGAUGCCAAAUAAAAGAACUAAUAAACAAGGAGGC